GUUUGCUUUGGAUCACAGCCAGCGAGGCAGAAAUGUUGAGCUUCCCUCGGAAUGCUGAUGGGACUAAUCAGUGUUAGCUGAGCUGUUUCACUGAAUGAAUCCAGCAACUCUGUUCCGUUCUGAAAAGAACAGUGGACCUUGCAAGAGCGUUUGAAGUCUAAUGUAUGAAGUCCCAUUUUGAAACACCAUGUCAAAUGAAGCCAGUUCGGAGCAGAAACUUUCUACAACAACAGUCAGUUCAGUUGCUGUUCAAGCAGGGGAUGCCAGUAUUGUUAUAGCUGUACUUAAGUGUGGAAAAUGGGUGAAGCUUCAGCUGGCUGAAUCGACACCAAAUUUAUUAGAAAUUGGCAGCAACCAAGAUGAGACGAAAAAGCUCCUGCAAGAUCAUGAAUUCCUCCUAGCUAAACUUAAGGCUUUGGAAGACCAGGUAUGGGACCUUCUGCACGAAGCAGACAAGGCUGCAGAGGAGAACAAAGAAAAGAGUCAGGUUUAUGAUGCCAUGGCAGAGACCCUUGGGGAUGCAUGGGAUGCCCUCAUCAUUAUGUUAGAAAAGCGACAGGCACUUCUGGAACUUACUUCAGUGUUCUUUGAAAAUGCCCUGGAGUUUGCUGUUAAAAUUGACCAAGUUGAAGAUUUCCUGAAAAAUGCCCGAGAGUUUGACAAUAUUGACUCUUUAAAAGAACUCCUUCUGCAACAAGAGCAUCAUACAAAAGAGCUUUUGGAAAAGUCACUUGCACUUUUAAACAAAAGCCAAGAGCUAACUGGAUUCAUAGAAGAACUCAAACAUGAGGGGCCAAAUGCAAAUCCAGAGCUGAUUCAGGGAGCCCACAGCAGCUGCUUGAAAAUCGACAAUCUCCUUGAAAUGCUACAAGACAGGAGACGGCAACUGGACAGAUUUCUUAAACAUCAGCGCCGAGGACUGGAGCAAGUUCUGCAAAUUUUUUUGUGGCACCAACAAGAGAACCAGGUAACAUCCUGGUACAAGAAAAACAUCAGAGAUUAUUUUCACAAGCAAAACUUAGGCUCAUCUCUAUUGGAAAAUGAAGAGUUACUUCAAGAGCUUGAAGAAAUGGAAAGCAAAGUGAAAGAGUGGAAUUCCACUGUGGAAGAGCUGGCAGCUGAAGCACAGAAGAUUUUGCUUUCAGAGGACUAUACAGAAAAAGAACAUCUAAAGCUUUCAGAUCAGAAAAUCUGUCAGUUACGAGAAGAAGUGUGCUUGCAUAUGGAAGAAAGGAAAGCCCUGCUACAAGAGGCCAAUGACUUUUUCCACUCUGCUGGCAAGGUACUUGAUGGUCUCGAAGGUAUUGAGAAUUAUUGUAAAAUAUUUAAUUCAGAAGGCUUACAUUUGCCUAUCUUGACAAUGCAGUAUGAAGAACUACAAGAAGCAAUUAAAGGUUGCAUAGUGACUGCCUUGCAGAAAGGAAAAACUUUACUUAAUAAAGCAGAUUCUCACAGCUCUUGGGUGACAGGAAUUCAGAGAAUGAUGGAAUAUGUUCAAGAAAAAGUAGAUCAAUUAAUCAGGCAGGGUCCAGAUUACAAAGAACUUACUUUGAAGAAACAACAAUGGAUUGCCUCACUUGAAGAUUAUCUAAAUAAGGUAUCACAGUCGAUUAAAAAAAUCACCCCAAUGCUUGCAGUUGGUAUGGAGAUUGGCUCAUAUUUGUCUGAAUCAGAAAGAGUUUUGAAGAAGCACCUUGAACUGGCUGAACAAAUAAAGGAAACAUCACAUGAACUGGAAGCAGCUGAGAGAAUCAUUGAAGAUAUGGAAGAGUUUGAACCUGAGCAGGUGGCAGCUUUUUCUAGCAGAACUGACUUUCUAAGUGAAGAACUGAAAAAAAUUGAAAAAAAUAUCAGUUCAAGACUAGAAAUUCUAGAAACUUAUGUGGCCUUUCUAAAGUCAACUAUGGAGGUGAAUGAUGAUAUUAAAACUCUGAAGGAAUUCUAUAAAUCAGAACCACCACAAACAAACAAGGAGGCUGAAAAUAAAAUUGCAAUGGAGUCAGCUAACAGUCAGUGGCAAAAGGCUAUAAAAAAGAUUUUUUCCAUCCAAAAUAUGGGUUGCAAUUUUCUUAAUUUAAUAAAUAUGGUAAAUAAGAGCUUAAUAUUAAAAAUAGAAAAAUCUAUACGAGUAACAGAAGAUGUCAUUGUUAAUCUGAGUAAAGAAAAGAAAGAGCUGACCGAUCUGUGGGCAAUCUGGAAUUUUAAAAUUACUCAAGUAAAACCUGUCAAGCAACAGUACCAGAUAUUUAAAGAGCAACUAAAAAUUACUACCCAUGGAUUAGAGAUUCUUCAAGAGGCACUUCAGCUUGCAGCAACAGUUGACCUUGGAAGUGAUCCUUUUAUUGUUUUGGAACUACAAAAAAAGCUUCACCAAAUGAAACCACAGUAUCAGCAACUGAAUGCUGAGCUUGAGUACCUGAUAAAAUUAUUAGAAUUGCCAAGUCAGAAAGGAUUUCCUGUGAAAGAGAAUUCUGAGAGAAUAAGUGAACUUAUUCAUUUCCAUCAAACUCUAAAGGACACAAUGACAGAAUAUGAACAGAUUUUCAACAAGACAGUCAAAUUCCAUCACAUUGCAAAAGAACUGGAAUGCCUAUCAAAAUCAGGAGAACUGGAUAUUCCUGAAACAUGUGAGGCCCCUGAAAAUGUGCAUCAUGCUAAAGCCUGCCUUGUGAAUGCUCAGGAAAAACAUGCGCAUAUCAGACAGCUAUACAAACUACUUAUUACCCAGGGAGUGGAUAUCCUGUCUGCAAUGCAGCAACCUAAUUGCUUGAAUGUUUCUGUAAAGAAUCUGAAGCAAGAACUUGCUAGAUUUGAGUGUGAUAGCAUUGAUUGGAGCACCAAAGCUGCUAAGUAUGAGGAAGAGCUGUCACAGCAUUUCCAGCACUGCACCACUCAAGAGGAGAUAAAUGAGCUCAGAGAAUCGUUUAAGGAUCUCAAAAAGAAAUUUAACAAUUUGAAGUUCAACUAUAUGAAGAAAGCUGAAAAAGCUCGAAAUCUGAAAGUACUUAAGAUACAGAUUCAGCAAGUUGAGAUAUAUGCAGAUAAAAUACAGAUUCUUAAAAAGAGGAUGGAAAAUUUAGAGAAGAAAGUAAUUGACUCUGUAGCCAAUGAACCUAAUGCUAAAGUUGGAGUCCUCUUGGGGUCAACCAGUGACUUACAAAAACAGCUGAAUGACUUUACUAAAGUUGUGGAGGAUUACAAGCAAAACCUGGAUCUCAUGGAGCAUCUGCAACAGAUGAUGGAAGAGUGUCAAUUUUGGUUUGAAGAUGUGAGUGCAACAGUCAUUAGAGUUGGCAAGUAUUCUGCAGAGUGCGAAACAAGAGAAGCAAUAGAGACUCUCUACAAGCAAUUCAAUAAAUUUAUUGAGCCUACAGUGCCUCAACAGGAAGAAAAAAUUCAGCAGAUUACAGACCUUGCUAAACGGUUAUAUGGUAUUGAAGAAGGAAAGAAGUAUGUUGAAAAAGCCAUAUUAAAGUACAAAGAAAUCAUUAAUUCUAUUGAUGAGUUGUGUAGGUCUCUGGGGGAACUUAAGGAGAGUAAGAAAAGUGAGUUUUCUGAGGAGCUGGUUACUUUUCAAAAAGAAGAAAGAAAUGGUCAAGAAGCAUGUGAGGCUGUUAUUAAAGAAAAAGCGGAGGAACAAAAGCAGCAGAUGUCAUCAGGUAAAUUGCUUACAAAUUCAGAAAGCAUUACUCAGAAGAGAAAAAAUACUCUGUCUCCUACCAACACUAAACAGGACAGGAAUAAAUUGGUUGAUAUUCUAAUUAUCUGUCCAGCUGGCGAGGAUCUUGUUUCACAGGAUACAGAGCUGUCACCUUCAGCCAAAGAGGAUAGUUUCCAGACUGAAUUCCUGGCAGAAGAAAUACCCUCUGGAGAUGAAUAUGAGUGUAUAUCACCUGAUGAUAUCUCUUUGCCACCGCUUUCUGAGACACCAGAAUCCAACCUCUUACAUUCUGAAACAGAGCUAGAAGAGCAGUGCUGUUGUAGUUCUCAUAAUUUGCAUGUCAGUUCCUAUAGCUUGCAAAUGCAGAAAACUGCUAAUAUUAAAAAAGUGAUGGAAGCCUCUGAUAUCUUAACAAAUUCUGCUUAUACUGAUGCUACAGAUAAUAAAAUAGAAAGUCCAUCAGAUCACUUUGAGACGUUUUAUACCUCUUCAACAGAUUCUGGCCUAAAAGUCAGAGCAGUAUCUCCUUUGACUUGUAGCUUACAAGGAAUAUCUGAAGCCAGCACUGCUUCCUGCACUAUAAAUGCCAAACCGGUAUACAGCAUGAUGAGUGAAGUGUGCAAAACACAGUUGCAACACCUUGAGCUUCGUAAAAGCAUGGCAGAAACACAAGAACAAUUGCAUGACUUGAAUAACUGUACUAAAACCCAGGACAGGCUGCAUGCUUUGCCUGAUGCAUUCUCAGAUUUCGUGUUUCAAUCAGACACCACCAGAAGCUGUCAGAGGCAGAUGGUCACCCGAGAAGAGAUUAAAAGUUCAUCAGAAAAAACCAGCAUGGCCAGCCUAACUGGACAGGCGCCUAACUUCUCCCAGCUUCUGUCUAACAAAACCGUCAUGGAAGGUUCUCCGGUAACUUUGGAAGUAGAAGUAAUGGGAUUCCCAGAGCCUACACUGACAUGAAAUUCUCUGCCAACGAAUAGGGACUGAAAGAGGGGCAGCUUCCUUCAGUUUUAAUUAUAAGAAAUAAUUAAUUUAGCUAAAAAUAUAUAGUCUUGAUAUAUGGUCUUUUAAAAAAUGACAUUCAACUGAAAGCAUUUUGCAAAUUAGAAAUUUAUGAAAAUAGAAAAAAGUGUGUUUUUUAAAUAAAAAUUUUUAAUUAAAAAUACAGUACAUGUAUUUUGUACUGAUAUAGACAUUUUAUUGAAUAUACAUGUAGAAAAGUAUUUCUGUGUUUGUGUAGGUUAAACGUAGCUUAUGCUGAAACAUCAUGAGGCAAGAAGAGCUAGAAUUUUCUCUCACUUCCACUGUGUAAAUCAGGAGCCAAUGCCAACACGUGGUGAUAGAUCCUCAAGUGUUAGAAUAUGACACCAGUUCUAUGGAAUAAUUUCUAAUGAGUUGUUCUAUUCUGUUUGAUGAUGUGAACAAAAUAAAUGUUAAGUGGCCUGGGGUGGAGGAACAGGUCAUUGGCUGUUCUUUAUGCUGAAGACACAUAUUCGGAAAGGUUGUACAUGCUUAUGCAUCUUAAGAGCCUAUUCAUGAGCUGAAUGUGGAUGAUUCAACACAUUACUGGCAAAAGUAUUUCAGCACCAAACUGUGGGCCCAGGCCUUCAUGCUGCUCUCUCCAAUAAUGCAGUGAGAUAACUAUGACUUGUCCAUUCAUAACCAUUUUCAGAACCACAUUUUCUAGCAAUAAGAAUGUAUUAUCCAGCAAUUUGAAUUGUUUAAAUUUUCAUCCAUAUUUACAUAUGAUUUCAAAACUGAAGAAUGAGAGCACAGCAGUGAGCUCUAUCCUUUGCUGUCAGUGUAGAGGUAAAGAGGUUUUCUGAACUUGAGUUCUACUUGGAAUACAACGGUGUAAAUCUGACUUGAAAACUGACUCUCUGCUUCAGGUACAAGAAGGGCCAGAAACUGACUGCAGAUGAGCACUUAAAGCUUUUGCAAAAGGAGACAAAGCAUACUUUGUUCAUUCAGAAGGUGUGUGAUAAAGAUGCUGGCCUUUAUGUUGUUCGGGCUAAAAAUUUGAACGGCACUAUCUCAUCAAGUGCCAUUCUUCACGUGAAAGGUAACAGGCCACCUAUAAUAAGAAUAGACUGGAUAAUGCUGUGUGUCAUCUGUAUUAGCGUAUCACUAAUGUACUGGCUAUUCACAAAAGAAGUACAAUAUUGACUGCACUGGACUUAAUUCUCACAUGCUAAGACAACGUUGAAUUUAUUUCUUACACUGCAUCUUUCACAAUCUGUAUCAAACCACUUCUAUGUCACACUCAAUAUAUUGUUUGUUUCUUUAAUACCAGUAUUAUGUGCUCAUUUUCCUUUCUCACAGUGAUGUUGAGAUAAAAAUAUUUUCUAGAAUCGGAGGCAGAAUUUUGCUUUCUAAAAAUGUAGGUAUUACAAAGUGUUGGAAACAGUUUUAAUGGUUAUAGCUAUUAAAUGUCAAGAUACACCUAGAUAAAGCGCUCAAAUCAAAUUAUAUUUUAUGACACGCCUUUUUUUCAAGAUGGUGUGGAAGGUGUUGAAAUCUUUUUUAAACAUCAAAUGUAUUAUUUCCAACUAUAUUUUUCUCAUCUACUGUUUUUUUAAAAAUAAUAUUUGUACAAUAAUGCUUCUUAGUACUGAAAUCUUACCAUUCACUGUUGCACUGGUGUAGAUCAGAUUUACAUCUGUCUCAGCCCAGCAUUUACUCCAUAAAUGAAAGUUUUGGUAGUUCCAAUGAAGUUGUGAUUUUCUGCACAGAUUUGACCCAGAAUCAUCAGGAUUUGAGUAAGUGAAUCAUCAGGCAUACAGUAGAUCAAAACCCCCUAAUGCUUACAAAAUGAGAUAUUCCAACAUACCCAUCUGCUUAAGUAGAUGCUUGUGAUACUUUCUCUUCCUUCUUAUAAAAUCAAAUAUAUAAAUAUUUCUAAUAAUCCACUAUUUUAUUAGUAUGAGACAAGAAAGAUCCUAGUUUAUGAAGUGACCAUUUUUGCAUGUUUAAAGUUUUUAAACACGUUGAUUUUAAACAGAAUGAACAAAUUACGGAAAUACUUAAAAGUGUAUUCACACACAGAGAAUUUUUUUUUUUUAUUUCAGUCAAAUAGAAUUUUACAACUUCAGAGCAGUAAAUCCAAACCAGGUGAACUUUAUUUACCUACAUACUACAUUUCAUUGUUGAUAAGGACAACUACAAGUGUUAUUUUUUAUAUAAGUAGUAAUUUGUUAAGAUUUUUGAUAACCAUGCUGUAACUAUGCCACUGGAAGAUUUCUUAUAUAAAUCCUCAAAUAUAACUUCAUUCUUUAGCUCCAGUACUUGUAGAGGUACAGUAAAAACAAUUGAUAAACAGUGACAUAAUUUUUCCCUCAUCUUUGAUUUACAGCUUUCAUAUUACAACUGCUUGGUGUGGAAAAAUUUAUAGAGAAGAAAUGUUUACUUUCUCUUGUAGAAUUUGCCAAGAUAAAGUAAGCCUUUUACUGUGUGGCAUGCUAUGAGCAGUAAUGUAUAUUAUAAAUUGCCAGGGGUCAGUGAGAUUCGAGACUGACGUUUAGAUAUUUUGGCCCAGUGACUGUAACUUUAUUAAAAUUCUUGUUACUUUGAAACAGGAGAAGUUCUCAAGGGAAUAUAACCUCACAGGAAUACGAGAGGGAGCAGGAGGAGGAGGUGGUGAGCAGAUGGGGAAACAAACUAACUUCUAACUAAAGUUGGUAUUAUCCUUAACGAACAGCUUUCUAAGUUUAGUCAUCUCCCAAAAAUGUUGAUUCAUAAGAAUUUUCUCAGAUAUAAAGUCACCUAUUUUUCUAAAGUGUGCUUUCCAUCUCACAAUAAAGCUUAUUUUAAUAAUUAAUACAAUUUUAAAUGUUUCAAUUUUCAGAAAAGUAAUAUUCAGGUUAGUGGUUUUGUGCCCUUUUGACUUUAUGCAUUGCUACUAUAAACAUACACCAAAGGAACUAUGUAAGCAAGUUGAAUUGCAUAAGCAGUAUCCUAAGCAAUAUUGCGGUAAGAAUGAACCAAAAUGCCUCUCCUACAUGCUGUAAGGUUUUGCCUGCUGCAGAGCUGCCAGAGCUUGGUAAUUUAUCCUGCUCAUAACACUCAUUUUCUGUUUGAAAAUGAGUCUUCUAGGUGAUGGCUGACCUUCAAUCCUCUUUUUUUACUGGGAGUUGCCAUCAUUCAAAAAUUAAAACUAAUCAUGGAUGGUUCUUGAUGUGUUCUAAGUAACUUUAUAUAAUACUUGAUCACUUUUUCAGGCAUUUUUGCCCUCAGUAUUGAGGCAAGUAUAUACACAUGAAAAAAGCAGGAGUGAAAUCAGAUGUUCUCUUUCCUCUUCUGACUUGCCUCUGCCAGAAUUAGCCCUUUAAUUUAAGAAUUAACUGUCAUAAGGCUUGUGACAGUCAUUGUAGCUCUACUAAUGCUGGGCUUAGAACUACAUCUCUUUUUUGACUUGUGGAUCCUUCGUUUUGAAAACUAUGGAAAGUUCAGUGCUAGAAUGAUCAUUGUUCUGUCUUUUUUUAUGUGGCCAAUGUGAGAGUUCAGAGAUACGCAUUUGACCUUUUUAGUUGGAGGAGAGCCAUUUACUGAGCAAAACAACACUGCAAGGUGAGUCUGUGUCCUUCAGAAAGCAAGGCUAGAUUUAGAAUUUCAGCCCUGCUUGGAAAAAUUUGUACCAAACUCGCAGUUCUAUCAAAGCGGUAGAAAAAGAUGUGAACUUUUCGUCUCAUAGAGCAGGAAUUGGGGUAGCUUGGGUCUGGGCUUGUAGCUGGCUCUGAUUGCUUGCUGGCACAUACAGGAAGGCUGCUCACUAUGAUGAUCAGCUCUAUGAUUUUAAAAAGGCAACAGACAGACACAGAACUACUGGACGAGUACACAUAUUAUGGGAACAAAUUCUUUCCCCUCCCUUGUAAAACUUCCUAAUGUACAUGCAGGCUUCCAGGGAAAUACAAGGAAUCAGGGACGCAGACCUUCUCCUUCAUACACAUUUGCAUAAUUACGUUUGUUAACUGCAUUUAAAAGGCUUUAGAACAUGUGGGAGAGACCCCAGUUACUUGCUUUACCUGAGAUUUGACAGCCAGAAUACAGGGCUAGUUAACAAAAUUGUGUGACAGUAAGUGAUGCAGCUUUGAAUCCAAGUGGGAUUUAUUCUAUUUUUUAAUAUUAUUUAGAAUCUAGCCAGUGAUGUAGUCUUUUAUUGGCAUUUGGCUUACACACCCAGUUCCAAGGAUAACAAGGAGGACCGUCAUCUUUCCCGAAGAGGGGAGAAGUUAAAGAGAAGUCUUGGAAAGGGAGUAAAUAUUAUUCCAACAUUUACAGGUCUGUGCUGUGUAUGCGUAUGAGCAAGCAUAUUUUAUCUUUAGUAAAGUUUUGAGUACAUAUCAUGCUGCAUGUGUCUAAUUGAGUAUAUUUAUGAUUUGCUCCCUUGGCAAAAAAACAUUUAAAAUCAAUACCAUGCUGAUUUUUUUAAUCUGAAUUAUGGUGUAAGUAGUUCAUGAAAUGACCCUUGUUGCUAAAGUCUGUAUUUUCCUUAUCUAUUUUUGUCCUUUUUUGUCAUAUUUUGAAAGUGUUAUUGAUAGUUCAUGUACUGAGCAAGACAUAGAAGUAGCUUUUCUUAAUGGAUUUUUUUCAAAGCAUGGAUAUUUGAGACUUGUUUUGAGAUUAUAUGCUCCAGGAAGGCUUCCAGAUGAGUAAAAUAUAUUGACACGAUGACCCUGUAACUGUUCACUGUUAUGACGUGGCGUUGAAACAUCACCCGUGCUCUAUUUCAUUGGCUGGAUAAGAAUAUUUUAAAGCUACUUAUAUCUAGAAAAUCACUGAAGCAAAGCUGCUCUCUACCCACAAAAGUACAAAAGCAGCAUGUUAGUGAAAUGCCAAAAUUGGGGAGUUUAACACUCAUUUUCCAGCUUGAACUGUAAAUGCCUGUUGUAACUGACAAAUCAGGUAGUCCGUGUUUCAACAGAGCCUCACAGAAAAAAGAUGUCAAGGGUGAUCUUGUCUCAAACUACGCCAAGACAAAAUAGAAUGAUUCCACUGGGGAAAGGUGGAUUCAUGCAGUUCUUUGUACACUGUGAUUAAAAUUAUGUGGGUCUAAAGCUUAUAUGGAAGAUCCCAAUAGAUUACCUGUCACCCAGGUAAGCCAGCUGCCUUUCUAAGCAAAGUGAGCCUCAGUUUUGCUAUUCAGCUCAAAAGCAGCUGAAGUUGCUUAUGAUCUGCUCCCGUACCAAUGCAUCCACUUCCAUUUUUACUCAAACAUGUUAUCUGUGAAAAACAAGCUUUCUACUACUGGAUUAAAUUCUGGAAUUGAGUUUAUAAAAAAAAAUGUUAACUAAGAUGUUUCAAGUUUGACUUCUAAGAAGAAUGCGAGAUGCAAAUGAAUCCAACUUUAAAAUCUAAGUACACUUAUUUUCAGGCGUACACACAAGUAUGGCAUUCGUGCUAUUGCUAUAUGGCAGACGCUGUGAAAUAAUAAAAGGUCAAAACAAACGCUUAUCACUUCUGAGGAUGUUUGCAUUUUUGCAUAGUCAGAUAUUAUUAUUAUUAAAUGCAAAAAGAUAUAAAUAUAAGGCCAGAAAUUGCCUUAAGAUAUCUGCAGAUCUUAAUAAAUCAUCUGAGAAUUUGAACAUUUCUGUGAACUUUAGAUUAACAAAACCUGAUUUUAUGAGUAUGGUAUUGCAUCUACUUUAAAUCAGGAAUAGUUUUAAAUGCACAGUUUUAAUGGGUAUGUGGAUACUAGCCACAUUUUUAAUUGCUACAAGAAAGAAGAUUUAAAAAAGAGAAAGAGAGAUUAGAGAUAUCAGAUACACAGCAGGAUUCUGAAAGUCUCCUGAUUUUGGUGUUUGCUUUGUAAACAAAGGUGUAAUCUAUGCCGAUUACUAGUGUGUUGGCAGUCUGGGUUUAAAUACUGUUUAUUUAAGGACUCUAAUGAAUGUCCAAAAAAUGUGGCUGGAAAAUUCCUGCUGGUUUCUGUUCAGCUAAUGUAAAAAAAAAAAAAAAAAGUGACUGAGUGACAGUGAUGUCUCAUGAUACACUAAUAUUUCCCCGAAAGAAAACCACACUCAUUCUGUUUCAGACAGAAUUUCAGUGUAACGCUCCCCCUUCCCCUCUCCCCACCUUUUUUUUUUUAUAGUUCUUGUUAUACAUGCAGCAUUUCCUCUUUCUUUUAAUUAUACUGUGGAAGGAGGGAAUACAUCUAGGUGUUUGGUAUUCUGUUUCUGCUACUUUCUUGUUUUACAGUGCCAAGUUUCCCUCAUAGUCACAGUUUUGAACCUAUAGUUACUUCAAGAUGUCAAAAUGUUUACAUUUUCCCAACUGCUCUCUUAAAAAACAGAUAUAAAUCUCAUUCUUUCUAGCUUUACAACAAAACUGUAUACUUAGGCAUAUCACUAACCUCCCUUCUUCCUUCCCCAUAUGCAGACACCUGUUAAGAAAGUAAGUGGUGGCUGAGAUUGCCUGACAAGAUGUGGAGUUGUGUGAAGGGGUAUUUACACAAGGUGCAUAAAUCCGGAGAGGGAAGAGAUUGCUUAUUUCCAUUUUUCAAAAAAAGCAGCCUGUCUGAGGGCUUAGGUGUGAGUCAGUAGGCAAAGGGCAGAUGAGGCAUUCCCCUGGUUGGCUUUGGAUCAGAUGUGGCUGGAGCUGCAAUGGAGAAGGUGACUUACUCUCAAAUCACUUGUAAGGUAUGCCUAUUUCUGGACCUUUCUCUGGAGAUUUUGUUAGGGUAAGCUAAUAAUUUCUAUGUGUAUAUAUCUUUUGUGGCUCAGAGGAGGUGUAUCUUUAAAAAUUACUGCUCAGGCUGCCUUUAACGAGGCUACACCAUGCUAUUCAAGGAGAGUGGAGCUCUGGAUUAUGGAUCACUUGAGUCAUGAGACCCACUUGGUAUUCCUUAAUAAAAUUCCUUUUGAUUGCAUUAGGAGCUUGACUGAGACAAAAUCUCCAAACAAUAAAGUUUUAAUUUAGCAUAAUGCUGAGUGGAUCCAAAGUCUCUGAGCAGUAUGGUGAGAAUCAUGAUAUCAAAGGUAGGGGAAAGCUUGCUAGUACCACAUAUCAAAACAUCAGAGAUUGGAAAUUACAUGCCCAGAGUAAAUAGAUUAAGAAUAACUGUGAAGCAAAGAAAUGAAAAAUGGCUGCGGAAAAGAAUUUGGCCUGACCUGGUACUACCUGUGUGUGGAGACACUUGAGACAGCGGUGAAAGCUGUGUGAUAAAGCCAAAUGCAGGUGAUUUCUCCACCUGCAGUUUUUGCAUUGCUCCGGACUGCUGACCCAGGACACUGACAAAUCAUCUUAGCUUAUUUUGACAUUUCAUUAUGAUAUCAUGGGAAAACCAUUGAUGAAAUAUAACUAUGCAUUCUGUUUUGAAGGUUGCUAUCAGAAGAUGAACUCUUCAUUUACAGCAGUCUUUGUUUCCCUAUUGAGCUCUAGCCUGCACCUUAAAGAGUUGUAGUAACAAACACUUCAUUUUUUCUUUACACAUACUUUUCCCCUUGCUGUCUAGAAACCGGUCAUUUUAGGUUUUAUAUUCUGCUGAUUACUGAUGUAAAAUCAAGAUGGAUCUGAUCAAUGCCACCAUUCUACUCAGAUAUGAUAUGUUUUUGUUUUCUUUUUCUAAUGGUAAAAACUGGUAUGAGAUGCAGCCUGACUUCACAAGGUAAUACAAGUAAUGGAAUCCAGCCAAAAAUAUCAUAAGGAGCGGCUGAUGUCCACUUGAUGUUUUCCACUGGAAUACUAGCUAAUCAUACACUGUGACUUAUUGCCAGCUGCCUGCAAAGAGGAGGCAAGGGUAUAAGCUUGGUUCUCUUUCUUGAAGUGAAGUUGCAGAUCCCAAAUUUCUGAGCUUCAGGUGCAUGCAAUGCAAUGGUGGUAGCAGCUAGCUAAGAACCGAGUUGUUUGAGCUGCUGGGACCGGCUAACAAAAACCUUAGGAAAAGAAGAGUAUGAGAGAGUAAACUCCACAUACUUCUAGCUUUUGUGGCCUCAGUCCUACAGUAUGUGGGAAGAAUGUAAAAGCAGCUAAGCUUGAAAGCUUACUUGCAAUUAAGAGCUCCUAAGCAGUGGAUUUAUUAAUACAGUGGGUGAAGAUGUCUGCCUCACCAUGCUGACAGUCCCACAUUUGCCAAAAAUAGCCAUGGGCUCAAUAUACUUGGGUUCAGAAGUUGCUGGGCACCUUAGUGAGAUACACUGAUUUUUGUUUCACAAUAACAUAAAGAAAAAAAUCUUCAUCCUAAAACUGGAGUAAUGCUGGCAUGGUUGAGAGCAGUUUUAAGCUCUGAUAUUUAUUGCACAUUUCAGUAACUUUUUAUUCCUAACAAGGACAGUGAUUACUUUGUUAAAUAUUACGGACACAUGGUACAAUUUAUAGUAAAGAGGAACAAGAAGAUAUUCUUCAUAAGAUAGGAAAGUAAGAUGUAAUUUUUUGUUGUAGUAUAUGUCUUUGUGUGUGCUUCUGUGUGUUAACAUCUGCUGCUCUGGCUUCCCUUUUUCAAGAAUACUUAGCCUGAGUUCUGAGGUCAUCUUCUUUUUUACUGUGGCCCUGGAGGUGGAACCUUAGGUAGUAGUACAGUGAUCCAGUAAGUCCAGCUUUACAGCACAUUAAGUUACAUGUCACAUGAAGCAAUGCUUUGAUUCAGUAUAAACUGAUGCUCAUGAUUGACAUUUUUUUCAAGCAAUUUUGAUGGGUUAAUUUGUAUUAGCCAAUAGUGAUCUUGAUCAAAGUGGUACGAGGCCACAUUCUGACCUUCAUCACUGUUGCAAAUAUAGGUCAAUCUUUCCUUCCCCCUCUUCCCCCCAAAACUUUUUUCUUUUUUUUACUAGAAGAAUAGGGAAAAAAAGUGAAGAGAGAGACCAAUGUGCGACAAUGCACUAAAUGCAAAAAGUUCCUCUCUAAAAUUUGUAUGGAAUAUUUACUUUUCCACCUCCACUGAAACACAAUAAUCCACAGACUUGCCUACUACCUACACAAAGAACAUGAUUCUUUAGUAUUACCAUGGAACUAAUAUCACUAUGCCAAUGCAUGAAAUUCUCAGGUGCUUAAUAUCCAUGUGUUUCAAUAAACAUUGUAUAGAUAAAUGAUGUCUGCUACUAACUGUCUUGCAAACAAGUUAUCCCAAGUUCCAGGCUCUCUUUGUCAUGCAAUGUGGUGAACUUUAUGAGAAUGAAAUUUUCCUUCAGUUGCUCUAAAUUUGUCUUUUAAAAUACAGUGAAUAGUUUGGGGUUGGUUUUGUUUUGGGUUUUUUUUUUUUCAGUGCAAGGAAAACAGCCAAACUUCAUACAAAAAUUUAGACAUACAACUCUACAAGAAGGAGAAGAUUUAAUCCUGCAUUGCACUAUACAUGGAAAGCCCAAACCACACGUCUACUGGACAAAGGAUGAUAUCCAAGUGGUAUGCGGAGACAUCAGUGUAUGUUCUAAUGUUCUUGAAAUAUUUCUUGGGAGUAAGAUUAUAUACUUUUCUUUAUGCUCCUAAUAAUCCUCUAUGUGCAUUCUAUUGUUUUACAGAUUGAGAAAUUAGGAGAUACCUAUUAUCUUUUAAAAAGAAAUGUAGUCCUUGCUGAUACUGGGAAAUAUAUCUGUGUUGCCAGGAAUGAAAUUGGAAAGGCUCAUUGCUCUGCUUUUGUUACAGUGAUAGGUGAUUCACCCUGCCAUAUGCAUGCUUUUAGGCAUGUUGUUGCCACAUUAAAUGAACACCUUGUUUCCACUAAUAUACAUGCUUUGUUUCAGAGAAAAAUAAACCUCCAGAAAUCUCCACUGUAACUCAGGCUAAAUCAGAAUGGGAAGACAGAUACUUUUCAGGAGAAAUGAAUGCCACCACAGCUGAGGUUCUACAAGCCCACGACACACAUUCUGUGCGAAAUCAAAGGCUAGUGGCUAAACAUCUCCCAGUAAGGUUUAAAGAGAAACUUUGGCUUCAAGGCGUGUAUCUUGAACUUGAGAAGCCACAAGAGAUUAUCUUCAAUCUGGGACAUGAUCCUGCUCUUCUGCCUGCUGCAGAGGGUCAGAAGAUGGACUGAACUGCAAGAUGCCUGAUUAAUGAAGGUGUUCAUGUUGUUUGCUCUGUCGAUUAGUAGAUAUUGGCCAUGGGUGAGGAGAAGAUGAAUCUUUGAGUGCUAUUUGAUUUACAUCUAACUUACAAUUUGUAUUUGGUUUCUUUACAAAUAAAUCAUUAAUAAAAUUCACCUGUGCACAGCA